AUGGACGCUAGGAAUGUUUUGCUGAUCUUCUUCAUAGCCUCAACGGUAUUAUCGAAUGUACUGGCGAAUUCAUCUGAAAUGAACGAUGAUGGCGACGUAGAAGGAGCUGAGGUUGAGACGAGUCGAACGAAGCGACAAAUUGGAUUGGAAAUGGCAUGCCAAUGUUGCUGCCGUCCGAUUCCGAUAAUUCGACCAGUCCCAAUCAUACCUAGACCGUGUCCUCCAGUUAUCGCUUGUCGAGAGAUCUGCGUUCGAACUAUGCCCAUGUGUUGCCCAAUGUAUGGAGGAUUCGGAGGAUUCGGUUAUGGAGGAUUUGGAAUGGGAAUGAUGGGCGGCUUUGGGGGAUGUGGUGGUUUUGGUGGUUUCGGUGGUUUUGGUGGUUUCGGUGGCAUGGGUGGUUUAUACAGAGGUUUAGGUGGUUAUGGAUAUGGACGUAAGAGACGCUCAUUGGAACAUUUGAGACUUAAACGAUUCAUCGCCGAACAGGUGCGUGUGUCUCUGAUACUUUAG